CCGAGCUGUUUCAUUCACUAUCGCAUCUGAGAAGAGGACAGCUCCUCCCUAGUACACUAGACCCGAGGACAGCAUCCAGCGCGGUGUUCGCUAGCACUUCAAGUCAUGCGUUUGUACGCGAUCCCGGUGUUGUUGCUGAUGGUGCUCGGAGAUGCUGACGCGUGGGGUCCCGCUGGUAAAUACGCCGUCAACUGUCCGGGCAAAUGCAACCCCGCGCUGUGCGGCUCGACGCAGCGCUGCAGGCGCACGGUGCUGGAUGACUGCGGAUGCUGCCAGGUCUGCGCUGCGGGACGGGGAGAGCACUGCUACCGCACCGUGUCCGGGAUGCACGGCGUCAAGUGCGGACCGGGACUCUUCUGCGACUUCUACAAGGAUGAGGAUGAUUAUGGAGAUGAAUAUGGCAUCUGUAAAGACUGCAUGUAUGGAACUUAUGGCAUGGAAUGUCGGAAAACAUGCAACUGUAAAGCAGGUGGAUUGUGCGACAGGGAAACGGGUGCUUGUCUGUCCUUUAAAUUCUUGGCUAAAAUGGCAAUGCUGAAAUCUCAUUCAAGUGAAGGUAAUGAAGUGGGCUCAGGCGACGGCAACACUGAAACCAGCAGCAACCGGUCUUCCACUCGCAAUUUUCUCACCCCUCGCUGACAGCAACUCUCAAUCUUCUGUUUAGUCAGUGUACAUGUAGCAUAAUAAAUUAAAGGACCAAACAGAUAUAUUUUAAUAUGUUUAAAAGGGUCAAAGAAAAAGAUAUGCUUUUAUUCUGUAUAUUUUACAGAUGUGUAUGCCACUUGUGUCUUUGUUCCAAUGCAUGUCUACAUGCAUUCACAUGCACACAAAUAAACAUGCAAGUAUCCAGAGUUUGAUAUCACAAUAAGAAUGUUCCCACAGGGCUAAUUAUGUUGAAAUACAUAACUGAGAUGUCAAAAUUGUGGUUGAACUGAAUGAACACACACAAACACUUUUACAUUAUGAAUGUAUUGCAAUUAUAUCAUAUUUAACGAAAUACAUACUCUAAGAUGAUAUACCAGACUCAGUUCCAAUUCUGUAAUGCUUAACAGUGAUGUUUUAAUAUGUGGUAUAUUAAGACCAAGGAGAUUAUUAUAAAUUAUGGACUGUAUAUCCUUCUAAUCUGUGUGUAAAUUAUUCUCUGUG